CACCAACUGACUCGCUAAGUUCAUAAAACGAUCCCGACCCGAGCUAUAAAGCUUCUUUCUUCCCCCACAUCUUCACACUGCUCAUAAACCGAAGUGCCUCUGGGCUUUCGAGUUUCGACCUCUGUAAGUCCCCAAUUAUUCUUCUCGGUUCUCAAUCUCAAUGAUCGUUCUCGUCAAAGUUUAAAUUCGUUUUUGAUAACCUUAGCAUCAUAAUAAUGGUAUUCAUUAGGUUAAUUUUGCCUGAUUAGGUAUAGGGCACAGCACACGGAAAAAGCUCGAUUAUUUUCUUUUGUUCGGUGUGAUGUGAAAUUGAAUUUAAGCUUAUGGAUUUCCAUGGUUCUUUUACCGUCUCUGAUGCUUAAGAGAAUUGGACCCUCUUCUUUGUAGUGGAAGCCUGUUUUUACUGACACAAUGCUGCACUUUUGUCUGCUUUUAAAUUGGACCCUUUUGGAAUUUAUGAGUCGAGUUUUUUGUUGUUUGUUGCUUUCUGGGUGUAAUUUUAGGUUGGAAGAUUCUAAUUGACGGUGCUAUUUCCACUUCGCUGGAAGAUGUCUGCAGAAGAGGAAGAGAAUGCUGCUGAGCUCAAAAUCGGAGAUGAAUUUUUGAAGGCCAAAUGUUUGAUGAAUUGUGAAGUUUCCCUCAUUCUUGAGCAUAAAUAUGAGCAGAUGCAACAAAUGGCUGAGGAUCCAAUGAAUCAAAUGUCUCAAGUUUUUGAGAAGUCAUUGCAAUAUGUCAAACGUUUCAGCCGCUACAAGAACCCUGAUUCUGUUAGACAAGUCCGAGAAAUCCUGAGCAGAUACCAGUUGGCUGAAUUUGAGCUUUGUGUUCUUGGUAAUCUGUGCCCAGAAACUGCCGAAGAAGCUAUUGCUAUGGUCCCAUCAAUCAAGAAUAGAGGACGUGAACUCGAUGAGGAAGCAAUUGACAAAAUGCUUAAUGACCUAUCUCUCGUCAAGAAAUUCGAGUAGAACUAUGAUGUGAAAAUGUGAAGACUAAUUACAGCCACUAGACUUCUUCCUCUAUAUUUUAUAUUGUUCACAUCUGUAUGAAAGGUGGAAAGAUAUUUUUUGGAUUUCAAUGUGUAAAAUCUAUUAUCCUAUACAUUUUCAUUUUAUCCUUUUCGCUUCAUAAAACAGGUUUUAGAACUUGCAGUUUUAUAUUCAAACCAUAAUUUAUUAUGCUUCAAAUGAAGACAAUGAGCACUUUUUGGUACUUUAUGUGUAA